GAGAGACCUUUUACGUCGUCAUUCGCACUCUCUCUCCUUCCUCCCUUCUCCCCCACAAAAUACGAGCGACGUUAGCAGAAACACGAGGAGUGUUUGAAGACAUUUUGAUAGUGUAAUAAUCGAUGAGAGCAAGAUCUGAGGGAGGAGGCCAGAAGAAGAAGGGGCUGAUUGCUUUGGUUUGUGCGGCAGUAUUGCUCGUUUGUUUCAUCUGUAUGAACUAUGGUUCCUCAAACCAUGGAGCAACAUCCGCUUUGGAAAAUGGAAGAUCAUUGAGGAAACUCGGAUCAUCUUAUUUGGUUGGAGAUGAUGAUGAUGGUGAUGAUGAUAGCAAGCAGGAUGAGUCUGUCGUCAGGCAAGAAGAUGGAGACAGUGAAGCUGCGCCUAAAACUUUCCCUGUCUGUGAUGAACAGUACUCGGAAAUUAUACCCUGCUUAGACAGGAACUUCAUCUAUCAGACGAGAUUGAAGCUGGAUUUGUCUGUAAUGGAGCACUACGAGCGUCACUGCCCGCCUCCCGAAAGACGGUUUAACUGUUUGAUUCCUCCUCCAUCUGGAUACAAGAUUCCUAUCAAGUGGCCUAAGAGCCGAGACGAAGUGUUGAAAGCAAACAUUCCUCAUACCCACCUUGCAAAUGAGAAGUCUGAUCAGAACUGGAUGGUUGUGGAAGGCAAAAGGAUUCAUUUCCCUGGCGGAGGCACUCAUUUUCACUAUGGCGCCGACAAAUACAUUGCUUCCAUUGGACACAUGCUUAACUUUUCGGGCGAUAAUCUGAACGGUGAAGGGAGAGUAAGGACGGUUCUCGAUGUCGGCUGUAGAGUUGCAAGUUUUGGAGCUUACCUUCUCUCAUCCGAUAUAAUCACAAUGUCCUUGGCACCUAACGAUGUUCACCAGAACCAAAUCCAGUUUGCUCUGGAGAGAGGAAUCCCUGCCUAUCUCGGUGUUUUAGGGACGAAGAGGCUCCCAUACCCGAGCAGAUCAUUCGAACUCGCUCAUUGUUCUCGGUGCAGGAUCGAUUGGCUUCAAAGAGACGGCAUCCUACUUCUCGAGCUCGAUCGUUUGCUCAGACCCGGAGGCUAUUUUGCGUAUUCAUCUCCCGAAGCUUAUGCUCAAGACGAGGAAGAUCUGAGGAUAUGGAGAGAGAUGAGCUCUCUUGCUGAACGCAUGUGUUGGAGAAUAGCUGAGAAAAGGAACCAGACAGUCAUUUGGCAGAAACCACUGACCAAUGAAUGUUACCUGAAGAGAAAACCCGAGACACAGCCUCCGUUCUGUCGUCCAGACAAUGAUCCUGAUGCAGUCUGGGGUGUGCCCAUGGGAGCUUGCAUCACAUUAAACUCCGACGAUGACCAUAUGAACAAGGGAAGUGGAUUAGCUCCAUGGCCGGAAAGACUGACUUCUCCUCCUCCCCGACUUGCACAUUUCGGAUAUUCAGCUCACAUGUUUAAGAAGGAUACGGAACUAUGGCGGAAAAGGGUGGAUGAUUACUGGAAUAUGCUGUCACCAAGAAUCGAAUCAGACACCUUGAGGAACAUAAUGGACAUGAAAGCAGACAUAGGUUCUUUUGCUGCUGCUCUGAAAGACAAGGAUGUUUGGGUCAUGAACGUUGUCCCUGAGGACGGACCUCAAACCCUGAAGCUGAUCUAUGACCGUGGCUUGAUCGGCACAGCCCACAACUGGUGUGAAGCGUUUUCCACUUAUCCAAUAACGUACGAUCUUCUGCAUGCAUGGACUGUGCUUUCCGACACGGAGAGGAAGAAAGGUUGCGGCCCCAUUGAUCUGAUGCUGGAGAUGGAUCGUAUUCUCCGACCGAAUGGCUUCGUCAUCUUCCGCGAUGAACAACGUAUCGUAGAUUCCGUCAAAAAUUACCUGACGGCGUUACGAUGGGACGUCGUGGCGAGUUCGAAUCCCGGCCAAGACGGAGACAACGCCGUCUUCGUCGUCCAGAAGAAAAUGUGGAUCUUCAAUGGAAGCUUCCCCGAAACUGGAUGACGUCAUCAAGAGAUAUAAGACUGAACGUUGAAACGAUACAUAUCCAUCCAUGGCCGCGAGGAAUCAGAAGAAGAAGAUGGUGAUAGAUAUUAUUUAUUUAUUUUUAGGGAUUUAUAGUGUUUAAUUAUGAACCCUAAUCAUCAUGUAUACACAAAUUCAUCAUCUUUGCUUUUUGUUAGAUUUUUCUUUUGUUUUUUUUUUCUUAUCUUUACCUUGUCAGGUUUAGCUUUUCGUCUGAAAAUAUUUUUUUGUCAAACCAGGAAAUUCACCUGGGUACGGGAACCACCUUUGAACACAGUCUUUGACUA